CACAAGAAAAUUGCAGUCAAAACAAAACAACGUGAACACAUGUUGGACUCAGAGUACGUAUUUGGACAAAUAUAUCAGAAAUAAAUUAACAUGAGCAUGGAUAUUGCAUUAAAUAUAUCAACGACGCCAACACCCUCGCGGAAUAAAACAGUGCCAGGAAAAAAGAAUUCCAAUAAACGUGCAACAUCGAGUAGUGAUGGAGGUUUUACAUUUUCAUUUGGAGGUGCGCAGCAUAAAGUUAAAGCAAUUGUGGCACGCAAAAGGCCCAUAAAGAAAACACUACCCACAACCAGCGCACAUGAUGAGAAGAAGAAACCAAAUCCUGAUUUAAAUGGGUUUGGUGAGACGAAGCAAACUGACGGAAAGCCAGGUACACCAAAGACAGUACGAGCUGAAGUGUCCCAGACCACAUCGAACCCAUUUCACUUGAAUGACAGUAAAUCUACGCAAACUUCUGUAGAUAAUGGGCUCAUACUUAAUAUUGCUACCGAUUCAACGCCAGUUGAUCGUCCUAAACCAAAGCAGAAACUAACUCGAGCUGAACGUUUGCGCAAUAUGUCGACUCACAAUAAAGAACAGCGCUCAAAUAAUAUGGUGAAUAAGCGCUUUGAUAAAAAUGGCAAGAAACCUACAGGGCAGCGUAGGAACUUUAAAGAAAGAAACGAACAAAAAGUUCAAGAAAAGACAGAUGCAGGCAUCCAAGAAAAUGGCGUAAAUUUAGCUGCAAGAAAGGCAAAUGCAUUUCGUGUUGUUCGUCCUGAAGAUAAGUCGGUUAAGAAAGUUGGUUUAUUUGCUAAAAAUCCGGAUGCACCUGUUAUGGGUCAACGAUUUGUAAAACCGAUAGCGGAACGUCUCUUUGAUGGCACAAAAAUUGAGACACUCAAUAUUCAUCCACAUACCGUAAAGAAUUUGGCCGAUACUUUGAGUAUUGUAGAGCUGACAACUGUGCAGAAAAAAACAAUACCACUGGCACUUGAAGGCAAAGACUUACUUGUGCGUUCACAAACUGGCUCCGGCAAAACACUUGCAUACGCAUUACCUGUAGUUGAAAAACUCCAAGAGGUACGUCCCAAAAUCACACGAGACUCAGGUGUUUUAGCUGUGAUCAUUGUGCCUACGCGUGAAUUGGCUGUGCAAACAUAUGAAUUAUUUCAAAAACUGGUAAAACCAUUUACAUGGAUUGUGCCUGGAGUACUGAUGGGUGGUGAACGACGCAAAGCAGAAAAAGCGCGCAUACGCAAAGGUAUUAAUAUAUUAGUCGGCACACCAGGACGUGUGCUUGACCAUAUCUUGCACACAGAGACGUUUAAGGUACACAAGACACAAUUUCUGGUACUGGACGAAGCGGACCGCCUGUUGGAAAUGGGUUAUGAACGUGAUGUGAAGCAAAUUGUUGAGGCAAUUGAUGCACAGCGUGCCAAGUCUGCGACAGAUGAUGCAAAUCCUGAGCAACCCAUACAACGUUUGCUGUUGUCAGCCACACUCACAGCCAAUGUGCAACGUUUGGCCGGUCUUACGCUGAAAGAACCGACUUUCGUUGAUAAUAGCGAAGAAGAUGGUGCGUUACCCAAGUCUAAUGGGUAUACAAAGAAUGAUAUUCAGACCCUAACUUCGGAAAUAGUAGAUGAUGAUGAAGAUGAGGAAAAGGGCAUAAUGACUAUACCAGAUAAUUUAAAACUAAAUUUUGUUGUUGUGCCGCCAAAACUACGCCUAGUCACCCUGUGUGGCAUAUUAGCGCAUGAAUACGGUAGUAAGCAACGUUUGAAAGCAAUAGUUUUCAUGAGUACUAUGGAGAUGGUUAAUUUUCAUCAUGAUUUACUAAAUGAAUUGCUUACACAGAAAGUACUCGAUGAAGACGACGAGGAAGUGAUCAAGGAGCAGGAGCAAAGUGAAGAUGACGAAGAAACACCUUUGCUUAAAGGCCUAAGAUUUUUCAAAUUACAUGGCUCAAUGACACAGACUGAACGUCAGGGUGUUUUUAAUGGUUUUCGUGAUUGCAAAUCUGGUGUGCUGCUAACGACGGAUGUAGCUGGACGAGGAAUAGAUGUGCCUGAAGUUGAUCUGGUCUUACAAUAUUCACCACCGCAAAAAAUUGCUGAUUUCGUGCAUCGUGUUGGACGUACAGCGCGUGCAGGUCACAGUGGGCAUGCCAUAUUGCUCCUGACGCCUUCCGAAGCGCAGUUUGUGCGUUUUCUAGAAGACCAACGUAUAAGAAUAGCACAAGUUGAUAUGGAUAUUUACUUAAAGACGAUCAAUGAAAAUGAUGAUGAAGCAAAUACAGUGCAGGAAGCUGCGUCAAAUCUGCAACAUAAAUUCCAAGAACUAAUCGCUGACGACAAGGAAAUGCAUAACAAGGCGUGUAAAGCAUUCGUAUCAUGGACUAAAUUUUAUUCGACCUUUCCAAAAGAACUUAAACCAAUAUUUAAUAUUAAAAACGCACAUAUGGGACAUUUCGCUAAGAGCUUUGGUUUAAAGGAUCAACCCAAGACGUUUACUAAGAAGCAUACGGAACCCAAACCACCGCCACCUACCAAUCGCUUGACAUACACGGAAAGGGAUCCUGAGAAAAUUAAAAUGGAAAAACGUGCCAAAAAGCGUAGAUUCGCCACAACAGUUACCAAUGAAGUACGCAACCCAAAUCGUCCACAAAGUAAUAAAUUAGUGAAAAUGCUGCCAGCGUCGAGAGCUUUAACGACUUCUGAAUUUGAUAGCGGUAUGCCGGCUCUUAAGAAGCGGAAGAAAGCUUAAUAUAGAAUAUAUCAUUUAUUCAUUUUUUAUGUUAGUUAUUGCAUAUUGUAAUGUUUUUAAAUCAAAA